UGGCUCUACAUUGAAGCCGACUUGUUCUGUCCUUUGCAUUCGCUAUACAUUCUUUCACAAUGUCGGAACAGCACCACCAGCAUCGUUCCAACACAAAGCUCAAGCAGCAGAACAAGCCCUUCAAGUCAAAACAUCAAACCAAGGGUAGUUUGAGGGACAAAGCCAAAGGCAAAGUCGAGCGUGUGUCAAUUAAAAACCACUCUGCGAAGUUAUUCCCUAAUAAGACUGAUCGUCGCAAUGCUGCCAAAUUGCUACAGCAAAAGAAGCGUGAGGAGCUGUUUCGAAAAACUAAGAUUUUUGAUGGAAAAAAUGGGACACCCAAAGUCGUUGCCGUCGUUGCUCUUUGCCCUGAUGUCAGCGCCGAUGAUGCUGUUGCAAAGGUGUUUGCCAGUGUAGACCAAGUCCCUGCUAACAAAGGAACAGUUCUCAUGACGACGGACCGUUUCAAGCAGAAACUUCAAUUUGUUCCACUUCAGCGCAACUACAUUGAUAUCAUGGACGCUGCUAAAGUAGCUGAUUUUUUGCUCUUUGUGAUGUCUGCAGUGGAGGAGGUAGACAAAUUUGGUGAAAUGGUUCUCUCAGGUAUUCAAUCUCAAGGAGUCCCCUCUGUUGUCGCUGCCGUCAGCAAUCUCGAGAGUACGCCAGCCAAGAAGCACUCCGAUAUCAAAAAGUCGCUCUUGUCUUUCACUAACCACUUCUUUCCCGAGGAGACUAAAGUCCAUGCUUUAGAUAAUACUUCAGAAACUGUAAAUGUGCUUCGUAUGAUGGCCAACCAAUUGCCAAAGUCGAUCACUUGGCGUGACACUCAUCCCUAUAUGUUGGCAGAGAACGUUGAAUUUGAAGAGAAUCUUGCUGAUUCGUCAGUUGGUACUCUGAAGGUUACAGGGUAUGCCAGAGGGACCCAUUUCCAGGCCAAUCGACUGGUUCAUUUGCAGAACUUUGGUGACUUCCAAUUGGAAAAAAUUACAUCCGCCCCUAUCACACACAAGUCUGUUCAUGUGAACGGUAACGGUAUGGAUACCGAAGGCACUGAGACCGUUUUGGAUACUCCUGUCCCUGGAGAGCAGGAUGACCUGGCUGCAGAGAACGAGCCUGAUCUGCUGGCGAAUGAGCAGACUUGGCCUACUGAGGAAGAGCUUAUGGAAGCUGAAGAACGUGUCAAGAAUAUGGAUCCUUCUGAAAGGCCUGAGGAAUCAUUCAACAAUGCACCAAAGAAGGUCAUUCGACGUGUCCCCAAAGGAACAUCGAACUAUCAGGCUGCCUGGAUUGUAGAUUCUGAUCAUGAGAGCGAUGAAGACAUUGAUGAUGAAGAUGAUGACAUGGAUGAUCGUAUGGAUGACGAUGAUUUGCCUAGUGCACGUAAUGGAGCCGAGUCAGAGGAAGAAUACGAGGACCUUGAAGUUGAUACUGAGGACGCUACAAAAGAAGAAGAGACAUAUGAAGAUGAACUCGACAACGAAGAGGAGGCUCGUCAGUAUGCUGAAUAUCUGGCAAGAGAGAAGGAGAAUAGAGAUGAUAUGGAGUUUCCAGAUGAAGUUGAGGCGCCUAUGGAUGUUCCUGCUCGUGUCCGAUUUGCGCGUUACCGCGCCCUCGAAUCAUUCAGAACUUCGCCUUGGGAUCCAUAUGAGAAUCUUCCUCUGGACUAUGGUCGUAUAUUCCAGUUUGAGAACUUCCGACGCACUAAGCACCGUGUCAUGAAUCAGGCAAAGGAGGAUGGUGUCUUACCUGGUACUCACAUUACCUUGUACAUUGCUAAUGUUCCUCGAGCUGUUAUGGAUACCUACUCUGCCACACGCCCUUUCAUUAUCUUUGGGCUGCUGCAGUAUGAGCAUAAGAUGGGCGUCAUUAACGUUGUGGUCACCCGCAAUGCUGAAUACGAAGGGGUCGUCAAGGCCAAGGAUCCUCUUGUCCUUCACUGUGGCUUCAGACGAUUUGUGGUCCGCCCCAUCUUUUCACAAAACACUCGCAAUGGCAAGGGAACGAACAAUGUCCACAAGAGCGAGCGCUUCCUGCAACAGGGCCGUAGCACCGUUGUUACUGUCUAUGCGCCCAUUCAGUUUGGCAAUCUACCUGUCGUCCUGACUAAGGACUCUGAAGAUAUCAACUCACCUAUUCUUAUCGCGACAGGCACUGUUAUGGAUGCAGAUCCCAGGAGGAUUGUUGCCAAGAGGAUCAUCUUGACCGGACACCCCUAUAAAGUCCACAAGCGUUCCGCUACCAUUCGAUUCAUGUUCUUUAAUCCAGAUGAUGUUUGGUACUACAAGUCUGUGGAGCUCCGUACUAAACACGGCCGUACUGGCCACAUCAAGGAGUCACUAGGAACACAUGGAUAUUUUAAGGCCCAAUGGGACCAACAAAUAUCCAUGCAGGAUACUGUCAUGAUGUGCCUAUACAAGAGAAUAUUCCCUAAGUGGGGUACAACUCUCUGGGUGAAUCCCGAUGCUGGCAAGAUUGGCACGCAGGCGACGGUUACCACGACAGAAAGCAUGGACAUGGAUUAAAAGCAUUUAGAAGAGGAAUCUCUUCCUUCAUCGUCUAGAAAAUAUAUAUAUAUCAUGAAAUAUUCUUUUGCAUAUAAUACAUUCUUUUUCUUAAAAAAAUUUGUAAUAAUUUAUUUUGCUGACGCCAAUGACGAGUUGGGCUUGGGGCGAUCAAUGACGGAGAAUCGUAGUUGCG